CUUGCGAGACCCAAAGCCGAAGGAAUUUGGAAAUUGGAAAUUGCGUUGCCGAAUCGAUCUUGAGUGGACGCGGAGGAGAGGCAAAUGCCCCGAGUUGAUUAAAAAUACCUAAACAGCGUCAGAAUUUGCUCACGUCAUGUAUCUACAAGAAAUGCUUACGCUGGCCUGCCUGGUCCUCCUGCUCGGUGGUCUGCCGCAUCUCACGUCAACAAGCACGACCACCACCCUGGUGGCCGCCAUGUCGAUUGCCAAUCAGGACCUGGAGCGCUACUUUAGAGCAGCCAAUGCCACGCACACCUUCGCCAGCAUGGAGGAGCGGAUUGCCGUGGAUGUCUACAACUACGCCUUCCUCAACUGGUCAUAUGUGGACCACGGCAACACGCUGUGUGAGACGGAUUUUGCCCUGGAGCAGGCUCGCUACGGCGAGGGCCGGGUGCUGAAUGUAACUGGCCGCUUGAUCCACAUCAGUGCCACCGACAACGUUAGCGAUGACUACGCCUGCACUCCCUAUAUCCGGGGAACUAUGGGCGCCGCCAUGCCCGACAAGGGGGUGGUCUGGAUUGCCCUGGUUAGACGCGGCCGCUGCACAUUCGAGGAAAAGGUUAAGCAUGUCUAUCAGCAGAACGCCGCCGGUGUCAUUAUCUACAACGACAAGCAGGUGACUCAGCUGGAGAAGAUGCAGAUCAAGGGCAAGACGCGAAACAUUGCUGCUGUGAUAACGUAUCAAAAUAUCGGACAAGAUCUGGCAAUGACUGUUGAUAGGGGAUACAUUGUGAACAUAUCGAUAAUCGAGGGACGCCGUGGUGUGCGAACUGUCAGUAGCUUAAACCGAACUUCAGUGUUAUUCGUCUCCAUCUCGUUCAUCGUACUGAUGAUAAUAUCGCUGGUAUGGCUCAUCUUCUACUAUAUUCAGAGGUUCCGUUACAUGCAGGCGAAGGAUCAGCAAUCGCGCAAUCUGUGCUCUGUUACCAAAAAAGCCAUCAUGAAGAUACCAACGAAGACGGGAAAAAUAAGCGAUGAGAAGGACCUGGACAGCGAUUGCUGUGCCAUAUGCAUUGAGGCCUACAAGCCCACGGACACAAUACGCAUAUUGCCGUGCAAGCACGAAUUCCAUAAGAAUUGCAUCGAUCCGUGGCUCAUCGAGCAUCGAACCUGUCCGAUGUGCAAACUAGAUGUGCUCAAAUUCUAUGGCUAUGUGUUUCUGGGCAGCGAAGAGAGCAUACUGGAAUACCAGCCAGAUCGUCCGGAUGUCGCAAGAAUUGUGGAAGUGGGCCCCCAGGGCUCUGGCACGGACCCCGGUCAGGGUCCACCUUCGACACGCCCCACUGCCUUGGCCGAUCUCAUUCGCAGUCGGGAUUUCGUGAUAGACUUUCCUCGGGUGUUCGUCCUCGAAAGUGGCAGCGUGGUGGGCGCCCGCGAAAUGCUUUUCCCCAGCCGACUACCAGAGAGGUCGCAGAGUUCGUUGUCGCUCCGGCAGGCGCGAGACUGGAUGAGCCUGAUGACCAACAAGCUGGAGGAGCAGCAGGGACUGCGACGUCUGCGAAAGGAUGAAAUGCAGCAGCAACUUCUAGGCGCCCGGGAAUCGGCCCGCCAUCGUCGCUCGCGCUCCGCGGAUGGUCGCUACUCCACCGGGUGCUUUGGCGGCCGACAGCGCCAGCUUUCGGUCCAGGGAACCCAGCUUCAGCCGGACAUCCCUCAGAUUCCUCGAUCGAGCUCCUCCCAAUCCCUGCAACAGCUGACGGAUGCUUCGUACGCUCAGUCCAGUCAGCGGCAGCGGGAGACCUUCGACUUUGCCAGAACGCGGCGCCGCUUCAUGGGGCGGGAAAGCGAUGAGAUAUCCUUGCGCCCAUUACCCAGGCGAGGGGGUAUGGUAGGCACUGGGGGAACAGCUCCUGCCCAGGCCAAUCGUGAGAGGGAGGUCAGCGGAAACGGAAACGGAGACUACAUCACCAUUCAGGUGAAUGGGGAAGGCGUCGAUUUCAAUGAAUGAACUGUUUGCCUAGCCCCUAGGCCCAAUUGUAUUCCUCAAACUAUUUGCUCUCUCGCAACUGUAUAAAAUAUAUUGUAUAGAAUAUUCUUGUUAUAGAAAUUGUUAAUAAAAUGUUAAUGCUCGUACCGAUAGCCAGUUAC